GUCAAAACCACGCAUGUGUUGUUUUUGUGUCAAUGUCAAAAUCCUAACCUAAUUUGUAUCAUCGGUUGGUUCACGAUUUACGUCCUACUCUCGGCUCGGUAGUGGUAUUAAAAUUUUAUUAUCCAGUUUAAAAGCUAAUUACACAUAAUGGCUAAAGUUAAAAAUAAGAGAAACUCGGGCCUUGCGGACAAAGUCCAUAACAAGAAGAAAUCUGAAAUAAAUAAGAAGAAACUGAAUCCUUUCGAAGUUCACAUCAACAGGGAGAAACUUAAAGUUUUGGGUAAAAAGUCUAAGCAUGACAGAGGUUUACCUGGUGUGUCGAGAGCUAAAGCUAUACAGAAGAGAAAAGAGACAUUAGGUACAGAAAUGAAGUUGAUGAAUAAAACCAAUGCUUUCAUAGACCGUCGUAUUGGUGAGAAAAGUACUCAGCUGUCUGCUGAAGAGCGUAUGGUAGCUCGAUUUGCAGCAGAACGGGUGAAGCAGCAUAACAAGAAGAAUAUUUAUAAUCUCGCCGAUGAUGAGGUUUUAACUCACAGAGGUCAAACACUAGAGCAAAUAGAAAAGUUUGAUGAUCCAAGAUCUGAUGAUGAGGAGGAUGAAGAUGGCAGGAAGUUUGGUGGUCUAGGUGAUGAAUUCGUAGCAGAUGGUCAUUUCGGUGGAGGAAUGCUAUCAAAAACAGACUCCAAAGACGGUGCGAAAUCACACAAAGAUCUCAUAGAACAAUUGAUAGCGGAAUCUAAGAAAAGAAAAGCAGAGAAACAGAAGGAAAAAGAACAAACUCUAGAUUUGACAGAGAAGUUGGACUCGGAAUGGAAAGAUCUCCAACCAGUUGUGUUUAAGAAGAUGAGGACGGAAGAAUCUGCUAUUGAGAAGUUAUUAAGUCAAGCUGAAAAGAAGAAUAUGGACUAUGACAAGAUGAUGAGGGAACUAAAGUUUGAGAAGCGAGGCACUCCUUCAGAUGGUCUAAAAAAUGAUGAAAAACAAGCAAAAGAAGAGAGGGCGAGGUUAGAACAGCUGGAGAAGGAGAGGGAGUUGAGGAUGAUGGGAGAGGAGGAACAGAUUGCGGUUAAAAGUAAACAAGCAAAAGUGAAACACAGAUCGGCUGAGGACUUGGACGACAAUUUUGAGCUGGACGAUGAACAUGAUUUCAUGCUUGCUUACGAUAAAGAUGGAAAACCGUUGGUACCUGAGAAAGUGUUAAAAGAUUUUUCAGUUCCAAACGCCAAACCGAAAUUCGAUGAUGGAAUAUCAGAUACAUCUGAUGAGAAGAUGAAGGAGACGAUGAAAGUGAUGAUAAAUGAAUCAAAAGAUAAAAACAAAGUGAAAUUAGUUUCAAAUAAAAAUGAUGAAUCAGCUGAAGAUGAUGAUGAUGAAUCAAGCGAUGAUGAUAGCACAGAUAUAAAACCAGAAGUCAAAAGUAAAUCUAAAGAAAAACCAAAAGAAAAUGGAAAAAAAGUAGAAGAAAAGAAAGCAAAGAAAACCGAAGUAGAUACUAUACUAUUCCAGAAUUCUAAAGAAGAAUCUAGUGAUGAUGAUGAAGAAGGCAGUGAUGACGAGAGUGAAGAAGAUGAUGAGGAGGAGGAAGAAGGAAGUGAAAUAGAUUUGAAUAACUUAAAUGAUUUGAAAGAAUCUGAUGCUGAAAGUGAUGAGGAACAGGAACCGGAGGAUGUUGAGAAAAUUGGUUCCUUCUUUGAUGUUGAUGAUGGAGAAGGGGAUAAGUUGAAGGAACUAUUAACUGGAAAAACACCAGCUCAACAAUCUAGUGCCCUACAAAACCUGAUAAAGAGUUACGAUCCAAGUCUCUCAGAGAAAAAUAAGGAUAAACUUACAAAACUAUUUGCAUUACAUAAAGAUUCAAAAAUCUUGAAUUUAGAAGAAGACUGUUCGAAAAUGGACGUUGAAGGCAAGAUGGCGGCGCGGGAUUUUACUCUAACAGAAAUUAACAAUGAUUUUAAAAUUCGUUGUUUUUCGACAAGUAUGGGGAUUUUGAAAGAGUUUUUUGAUUAUUUUAAUGAUAUUGAGGCGCAGGUUUAUUUGUUUGAGCCUCAUUUGAAGUUGGUAGGUAGGAUAGACUUGGAUUUGUAUCCUGCGAAGGUUGCUAAUAGGGCGAAUCAGAUUGUUAAGUACAUGAGGGCUGGGUUGGAGGUGAAGACAUUCACUCCUCUUACCAGGGAGAAAAAGAGGCCGAAAGCUCUGAGGUUGUACGAGCCAGAUAUUCAGGAAGUGUUUACUGGUAGCAAGAGUGCCAAGCUAUCUCGGGAACAAGCAGAGUCCCAGCGACUGAAGACCAAAUACAAGAAGGAGAUGAAGGGAGCACUCCGAGAGAUCAGGAGAGACAAAUCUUACAUCGGCUCCGUUAAGAUACGGCAGAAGAUACAUAGCGACAAUAUAAGAAAAGAGAAGGUGAAACAAAUCUACAAGGAAGCAUCAGUACAGCAAGGGGAAUUAAACAAAUUGAAACGCAUGAAAUAAUACUUAAAUCCUUAGUGUAUAUUUAUUGAAUUACGCAAUAUAAAUGUACAAUACUAAACAUAAAUGUCAUUUUAUUUGAUUACGGUACUUGCUACAAUU